UCGGGCACUGGGGCGCUCCUGGCGGUCUGCUGAGCUGCGGGAGCCAUGGGGCGCGCAGCUGGGGAACUGGUCUUGUCGCUUCUGGGGCUGGGGCUGCUGCUUUGCAGCUGGGGGUGCCCCGGGAGCGCCGAGCGGCGGGCCCCACCAGAUAAGAUCGCCAUUAUUGGAGCUGGAAUUGGUGGUACCUCGGCAGCCUAUUAUCUGCGACAGAAAUUUGGAAAAGAUGUGACAAUUCACCUGUUUGAACGUGGAGAGGUGGGGGGCCGUCUGGCUACCAUGUCUGUGAUGGGGCAAGAAUAUGAAGCAGGAGGUGCUGUUAUCCAUCCUUUAAAUCUACACAUGAAGCGUUUUGUCAAAGAUCUGGGUCUUUCAACUCUUCAGAACUCUGGUGGCUUAAUGGGAGUGUACAAUGGAGAGACUCUGGUGUUUGAGGAAAGCCCCUGGUUUAUAAUUAACAUUAUUAAAUUAAUUUGGCAGUAUGGAUUUCAGUCCCUCCGUAUGCACAUGUGGGUAGAAGAUGUGUUAGACAAAUUUAUGAGGAUUUACCGCUACCAAUCUCAUGACUAUGCUUUCAGUAGCGUAGAAAAGUUACUACAUUCUCUAGGAGGGGAUGAGUUCCUUGGAAUGCUAAACCGGACACUUCUUGAAACCUUGCAGAAAGCAGGCUUCUCUGAGAAAUUCCUCAACGAAAUUGUUGCUCCUGUCAUGAGGGUCAAUUAUGGCCAAAGCAUGAACAUCAGUGGCUUUGUGGGGGCAGUAUCAAUGGCUGGUGCCGAUUCUGGCCUUUGGGCAGUAGAAGGUGGCAAUAAACUGGUUUGCUCAGGGCUCCUUCAGGCUUCCAAAAGCAACCUCAUAACUGGCUCAGUAAUGUAUAUUGAGGAGAAAACAAGGCCCAAACAUACAGGAAACCCCACAAAGAUGUAUGAAGUGGUCUACCAAACUGGAUCUGAAACCCGUUCAGACUUCUAUGACAUUGUCAUAGUGGCCACGCCACUGAAUCAAAAAAUGUCCAAUAUAACGUUUCUCAACUUUGAUCCUCCAAUUGAGGAAUUCCAUCAAUACUAUCAACAUAUAGUGACAACUUUCGUUAAGGGAGAGUUGAAUUCAUCUCUCUUUAACUCUAGAGCCUUAGAUAAGCUUGAUCUCACAACAAUCUUAACCACUGAUAAUUCAGAUUUGUUCAUUAAUAGUAUGGGAAUUGUGUCCUCAGUAAGAGAAAAUGAUAGUCCUCAACCAUCCACAGAUGGAACUUAUAUUUGGAAGAUCUUUUCCCAAGAAACUCUUACUAAGAAACAGAUAUUAAAGCUCUUCUUGUCCUAUGAUUAUGCUGUGAAGCAGCCGUGGCUUGCAUAUCCUCACUAUAAGCCUCCACAGAAAUGCCCGUCCAUCAUACUCCAUGAUCGUCUUUAUUACCUCAGUGGCAUAGAGUGUGCAGCAAGUGCCAUGGAGAUGAGUGCCAUUGCAGCUCACAAUGCCGCUCUUCUUGCCUAUCAUCGCUGGAAUGGGCAUACAGGCAUGAUUGAUCAAGAGGACUUAUAUGAGAAACUUAAAACUGAGCUAUGAAACACCACCCACCAUCUCUUUUGUGCUCUCCUGGCUCCUGAUGAAAAUUCACUGGCAAAAAACACGAUCUGAGCAAAGGUGAUUUUGAAUCAGAUAAUUUUGCCAUUAUCAUUGCUUAACAAAGUAAAACACAGUGUCAUGAGAAAAUACAAGGUUCUAAGUGUUACGGUGUUAAGUAUUGCAUUUAUACCAUCUUCAAAAUUUAACUCUUAAUAUCCAUCAAUGGUAUUUCCCAAGCCUGUCUGCUCAUAAGAAUCCUGUGGAAUGUUAAAACAUGGAAUAUCUAGCUUCCCUGGAGGGUCUGAUUCAGUAGGUCUGGAGGUGGAACCAAACCUUAGAGCAUUUUACACUGUACUUGAGGAAGAAUUUAAAGACCUACCUUAUAGUUGGGGGACUAGUUCAUUUGUGCUUCACAGUUGGCCGUGUUCUUCAGUCAUGAAACUACUAUGGGGACUGGUAUCUGACACCUGGCUUUAAUAAUUUAUAUCCUUUUUCAAAGUAAAUGUGCCUGAAGCUUUGACUUUCAGAAUGUUCUUUUGGCUACUUCUCAGUUUUAUUAGGGGUGAAAUUCAGAAGUCUUAAUGUAACCUUAAGAUGUUACAUUAAAAACCUCCAGUAAAACGAGAAGUAUAGGUUGUUGACUCAAGAGCUGGCAUUGUUAUCAUUUGAGGUUGUAAAAAUACUGGUAGACUUAGCACCCCCACCAGAUUCUGAUUUAAUGGAUUGAUGCUAGCACCUCAGUACUAGAGCUUUUAAAAAUUGCUAAUGUACAACCUGGGUUGAGAAUCACUGGUGAUGGGGGUUUAAGGUGUCUCCAAAGGGUUUUUAGUGCCUUAAGUCCCAAGAAACCCAACCCAUUAUCAAAGCAGAUCUGUUUUGUGAAAGAUUAUUUCUCCCAUGAGAACUCUAGUAAUGGAUCUUGGUAAAAAGCACAGGCAACUUAGAGCAGUUGACAGUGUAGUAUAUUCAGAAUGAUACCACGCUUGAUCCAGCAUUAUGUCCAAACUGUUAAGUGCUUCAAGUUUCUGCAUUUUGGUUGAGAAACUGGUUGCUGAGAUCUUGUUUUAAAAGUGGUCAUUCUCAACCUUGGCUCCAUGUUGCAAUCACCUGUAGGAUAGCACCUCAUGAAAUGAUUCUAAUGUGCAGCCAAACUUGAGGACUAGUUCUGCACCUUCUGUACAAAGGUCACAACUGCUUGAGUCAUGGUGGGACAGAAGAAGUAAGUAACUGCAACCAAAUUAUUGUUAAAUAGAAAGUCCUUUACCAGAUUACAGUAGUACAAUUUAGCAAAAACACUUAAAAUUUCUCUACCACAAUUGUGUGAAGAUUAUGCCAAUAGAACUGCUAAGAUAGUGGACAGGCAGGGAUUACAUUUAGUUUGUCAGUGGGUAAGUUUUUCCUAGCAAGUAUAUUUAGGGUGUUUUUUCCCCCCCUUUUGUGGUUUAAGUGAGGGAAAUAUGUAGGGAAUGUAAUACUGGGUUAAUACAUAUAUGCUAAAGAUUGGAAAGAACAAAGGGCUAAUGAAAGUUAAUUUAAUUUCUAUCUCUUGUAGACUUGUUUUGCAAUGGGAUAUAUUUUUACUAAAAGAACACCAAUUUUAAAAGCUGCUAGAUCACACCUACUGAUUCUUUUCUAACAGGACAUCUGAAAUUGCUUUCUCAAAGAGCAAAAAAGGUUAUCAUGUGGUAAGCAAAUUAGUUUUAAUAAACUACAGAAUCAAAGAAUUUUUUUAUUGGAAGAAAAUACUACCAAGAGUCUACUAUUCCAGAGAUCACCUUAGUUCAUCUUUUUUACAGGAACAGACUAGUAAAUAUGCUGGAUCUGAAAAGAAGUCAGUUCUGUUCCAGCAGUUCUGUUAUCUUGGAAUUACCUGUAGGGCUUGUUAAAUAAAUCAUUGCUGGGUCUUACUCCCAGAAUGUUUCAACAAAUUGAGAGUGAUACCACUGGCCUAGGAAACCACACUUAAAGAGAACCAUUCCACAAUUCUGAUGUAAGUGGUUUAGAAAAAAAUAAGUCUAUGAAAAACAGCUGUUGGAAGAACAGAAAUGUACCAGACCUCACAUUAUUAUUGUAACUAGCUAUUCAGUUUUUCUGUAAGCAUUUUCUAUAAAUAACACCAGACAUACAGUUCAUUGUGUUUUGUAAAGUACCUUAUGUACUCACUCGUGUGUACCCCAUUCUCUACAGUUGUGAUUCAAAGUUUGUAGGCUUUUUAUCAGAUCACAAAAAGAAGAGCCCUAAGUAUUUGCCUGGUAGUUUUCUUAAGAUUAGGUUUAUGAUACAACCAUCUGUAAUAUAUCCCAUCUGAGUUUGUAUACCUUAAUUUAUGAACUAGAUGAGUAUAUAAUGGGCAGCAUUAUCACUACCCUCUCUACUCCAUAAAGAACCACAAUACACUGGAAUGGCUCUCUCUGGAAUUCUAUUUCUACUCUUGUAUUAAAAAAAAUUUUCCGGCUUAUGUUCAAAAUAAACAACUACAUCACUAUA